ACCCACUCUAUAAGAUACAACAAAUCUCUUCUCUGCAUUCACACUCUUGCUUGCCUGAGUCAUAACAACAUUAUCAGAACUCGUCUCCAGCUCAAGCAAGUGGAUGAUUCGUUGCUGCUACAAAGAAGAAUCUAUUGGGUCUCUGAUUUGAUUCGUCUCCGGCGGUGAAAAAUGGCUUGUUCUACAGUUAAAGCUGGCUCGAUUAUUUGGGUGCAAGAUCCGGAGGAGGCAUGGUUAGAUGGUGAAGUUGUUGAGGUUCAUGUAGAAGAUAUAAAGGUCCAAUGUACAUCAGGGAAGACGGUUGUUGUCAAAGUUUCAAACACACAUCCAAAAGAUAUGGAGGUUCCACCUUCUGGAGUUGACGAUAUGACAACGCUAGCAUAUUUACAUGAACCAGGAGUCUUACAAAAUUUGAAGUCAAGAUAUGAUAUAGACGAAAUUUAUACAUACACAGGAAGUAUUUUGAUUGCGAUAAACCCAUUUAAACAACUACCAGAUCUGUACAAUGACCAUAUGAUGGCACAAUAUAAAGGAGCUUCCUUGGGAGAAUUGAGUCCCCAUCCGUUUGCAGUUGCAGAUGCAGCUUACAGACAAAUGAUUAAUGAGGGAAUUAGUCAAUCAAUCUUGGUCAGUGGUGAAAGUGGAGCAGGGAAGACUGAGACUGCUAAAUUGCUUAUGAAAUAUCUUGCGAAAAUGGGAGGUCGAGCUGUUUCUGACAAAAGGACUGUCGAAGAUCAAGUUUUGGAGUCCAAUCCUGUUCUAGAAGCAUUUGGAAAUGCGAAAACCGUAAAGAACAACAAUUCAAGUCGAUUUGGUAAAUUCGUGGAGAUUCAGUUUGAUCAAAGGGGAAGGAUAUCAGGAGCUGCUAUCAGGACUUAUUUGCUAGAGAGAUCACGGGUUUGUAAAGUGUCAGAUCCUGAGAGAAACUAUCACUGUUUUUACAUGCUUUGUGCUGCACCGCCAGAGGACAGAAGAAAACUAAAAUUAAAGGAUCCAACAGAAUUCCAUUAUCUAAACCAAUCUCAAUGUAUUAAGUUAGAGGGGGUAAAUGAUUCCAAGGAGUAUACUAAAACCCGAGAAGCAAUGAGCAUUAUUGGGAUAAGUUUAGAGGAACAGGAAGCAAUAUUCCGAGUUGUGGCAGCUAUUCUUCAUCUAGGUAAUAUAGAAUUUGUUACAGGAGAAGAACCAGACUCGUCUGUUCCAAAAGACAAGACACACCUGAAGAUUGCUGCUGAGCUUUUCAUGUGCGAUGAACAAGCACUGGAAGAUUCUCUUUGUAAACGUGAAAUGGUGACACCUGAAGAAACAAUUUCCAGAUGUCUGGUUCCAAAUGAUGCAGCACUCAGCAGAGAUGCCUUGGCAAAAUUUGUAUACGCAAGAUUGUUUGAUUGGAUCGUAAACAAGAUCAAUAAUUCAAUUGGGCAAGAUCCUGACUCAAGAAACAUGAUUGGAGUGCUGGAUAUAUAUGGAUUUGAGAGUUUCAAGACAAACAGUUUCGAGCAAUUUUGCAUCAAUUUGACAAAUGAGAAACUUCAGCAACAUUUUACUGCGCAUGUCUUGAAAAUGGAACAAGACGAGUACAAGAAAGAAGAAAUUGAGUGGAGACACAUUGAUUUCCCUGAUAAUCGAUAUGUUUUGGAACUUAUUGAAAAGAAACGUGGUGGAAUUAUUUCUCUUCUGGACGAGGCUUGCAUGUUAAAUUCAACACAUGUAAAAUUUUCUGAAAAGCUGUACGGAACAUUGAAAGGCAACAAGUACUUUAGCAAGCCAAAAUUAUCUCCAACUGACUUCACAAUUUGCCACUAUGCUGGUGAUGUCACUUAUCAGACCGAGCAAUUUCUGGAAAAGAACAAAGAUCGUGUUGUUGCUGAGCAUCAGGCUCUGCUAGGUGCUUCUAGGUGCACUUUUAUUGCAGGUCUAUUUCCUCCUUUAAUGGAAGAUGCUAACAAACAGUCAAAUUCCUCUUCUAUAGCUUCACAAUUUAAGCAACAAUUGGCAUCAUUGAUUGAAGGUCUUAAUACUACUGAGCCUCACUAUAUUCGUUGCGUGAAGCCCAAUAAUCUCCUUAAGCCUUCUAUCUUUGAGAACCAAAAUAUUCUGCAACAGCUACGUUGUGGGGGUGUGAUGGAGACAAUCAGGGUUUGCCGUGCUGGAUUUCCUACACGAAAACGUUUUGAUGAAUUCCUGGACAGAUUUGGUAUCCUAGCUUCUGCUACUGUAGAUAAGAGUUCUGAUGAGAAAGCAGCGUGCAAGAAACUUCUGGAGACAGUUGGACUCAAAGAAUACCAGAUUGGAAAGACGAAGGUUUUCCUCAAGGCUGGGCAGAUGGCUGAGUUAGAUGAUCGGAGGACUGAGGUUUUAGAAAGAGCAGCCUGCAUUAUCCAGUGGAAAUUCCGCUCCUACCUGACCCGCAAAAGCUUUAUUAUGCUUUGCAACGCUGCAAUAUAUAUACAGGCUGUGUACAGAGGUCAAGUUGCUCGACAUAGAUUUGAGGAUUUGCGCAGAGAGGCUGCUGCUUUGAAGAUCCAGAAAGCUUUGCGGAACCACCUUGAGAGGAAGAGGUCUUACAUAGAAGCUGUUGUUACAGUUCAGUCAGGUUUGCGCAGUAUGGCUGCUCGUGACGUACUGCGAAGGAAGACCAAGGCCACAACUGUUAUUCAGAGCCAUUGCCGUAGACGCCUGUCCGAGUUGCACUACAAGAAGCUGAAGAAAGCAGCAAUUACGUCACAAAGUGCAUGGAGAGCAAGGCUAGCCCGUAAAGAAUUGCGAAAGCUUAAGAUGGCUGCAAGGGAAACUGGAGCCCUUCAAGCUGCGAAGAGUAAGCUUGAGAAGCAAGUGGAAGAACUCACAUGGAGACUACAGCUAGAGAAACGCACUAGGGUGGACGUGGAAGAAAGAAAAAAUCAAGAAAAUGCAAAACUGCAACUAGCGUUGGAAGAAAUACAACACCAGUUCAAGGAAACCAAAGUGUCGCUCUUAAAGGAAGUGGAAGCUGCAAAAAGGACUGCAGAAACUGUUCCUGUUGUAAAGGAGGUUCCUGUUGUUAACACCGAGCUAAUGGAGAAACUCACAAGUGAAAACGCAAAACUCAAGUCUCUGGUAAGUUCGCUGGAGCAGAAGAUCGAUGAAACAGAGAAAAAAUUUGAGGAGACAAAGAAAAUUAGUGAGGAGAGGCUGAAGAAGGCUUUAGACGCUGAAAGCAAAAUUGAUAAUUUGAAAACCGCCAUGCACAAUCUCGAAGAGAAACUAAAGGAGGUGAAAUUUGAGAAUACCUUUUUGAAGGAAUCUGUGUUGACCACUCCUGUUAAGACAUCAUCAGGACGUUUCCUCUCUACUCCAGUAAAGAACUUGAAAAAUGGCCUUCACACUAGCGAAGAAAGUCAAUUCAGUGGAGCGGAGUUUACAACACCGCCAAAGAUACAAGAAUCAGGAUCUGACACUAAGUCAAGGGGAUCCCAUAUUGAUCCUCAACAUGAGGAUGUUGAUGCUCUUAUCAACUGUGUCACAAAAAAUGUGGGAUUCAGCCAGGGGAAGCCUGUAGCGGCAUUUACCAUCUACAAAUGUCUUCUUCAUUGGAAAUCAUUUGAAGCAGAAAAAACAAAUGUGUUUGAUCGUCUUGUUCAAAUGAUUGGUUCUGCUAUAAAGUAUGAAGAUAACGAUGCUAAUUUGGCAUAUUGGUUAUCCAAUACAUCAACCUUAUUAUUCAUGCUCCAACAAAGCCUGAAAUCUGGAGGAACGGGGGCCACUCCACUUCGAAAGUCACCUUCCUUAGUCCGAUGGAUGACCAAGGGUUUCCGUUCUCCAGCGGCUGAAGCUAUUCGACCAGUUGAUGCCAAGGAUCCAGCUUUGCAUUUCAAGCAGCAACUUGAAGCAUAUGUUGAAAAGAUUAUUGGAAUCAUUUGGGAUAACCUGAAAAAGGAGUUGAACACUUUCGUUACUCUCUGCAUCCAGGCACCAAAAACAUUUAAGGGGAAUGCGCUAAUAUCUAUAACCACUGCUAAAUACUGGCAAGAGAUCAUUGAAUGCCUAGAUGCACUGCUAACCACACUAAAAGAGAGCUUUGUUCCUGCGGUUCUUAUUCAAAAGAUAUUCUCUCAGGCUUUCUCACUCAUCAAUGUCCAACUAUGUAACAGCCUUGUCACACGACCAGAUAACUGUUCAUUUAUCAAUGGAGAAUAUCUAAAAUCUGGUUUAGAAAAGUUAGAGAAAUGGUGUUCCGAGACAAAAGAAGAGUAUGCUGGCUCAUUAUGGGAGGAACUCAAACAUACCAGACAAGCUGUUGGAUUCUUGCUCAUCCAUAAGAAAUACCACAUCUCGUACGAUGACAUUGCAAAUGAUCUGUGUCCAAACCUUCAAAUACAGCAGCAUUUCAAACUAUGUACUCUGUACAAGGAUGAAAUCUACAACACAAAGAGUGUUUCCCAAGAUGUAAUUGCAAGCAUGACAGGAGUUAUGACAGACAGCAGCGACUUCCUGUUAAAAGAGGAUUCUAGCAACAUCAUAUCCUUCUCGAUCGAUGACUUAUCAAGUUCAAUGCAAGAUAAGGACUUCGCCCAAGUGAAACCAGCUGAGGAACUUGUGGAGAAUCCAGCUUUCGUUUUCUUACAAUAGUAGUAACUCAGAGAAACCAAAACUGCCUGCCCCUUUCAAGAACACCAUCCAAAAAAACAGGAGGAAGAAUUUAAGAGAAAAUUGCUGCGAAGAAUUUUUAGAUUCGCCGAUUCGUUUAUCAUUUGUAACUCUCUAAUCAUCCCAGAGGUUUCAUAAGAGUAUAUAGUAGUAUGUUGUUUUUGCUGGGAGUAAACAAAAAGAGAGUGACAAGCUUUUUUUGGCUAAUGUUUUCAUUUUAUUUAAAUAUAAUUUUAUUUCUU